CUUCUGGGGGCGGGACCCUGGAGGGCUCGUUUCAUUGCUGCCCUCCGCCGCCGCCGCUCUUUGCCUCGGAGAGGCGAUCCCGCCGCCGGGCGGCACUUUUGCACGCCCCCUCCCCACCGGGGCUUGCCUGGAGGCGGGCCCGGCUGCUCCCCUCCUGGGCGGGCUUCCUGUGGGAAGGGAGGCGCCCCAUUGCAGCCCCUUCUUCGGAGUCCACGAGGGGGAGCCGGCCUUGGGAAGCUGCACCCCCCCACACGCGGAGUCGACGGGGCUUCCUUAGGGCUGGAGCUUUCUUGGUCUUUUUCCUUGGUUAAAAAGAGUUCCGCCUCUCCUCGCCCCACUCCACCCGACCCGGCCGGCCUUUCAGGCUCUGCUGCCGCCUUUUGGGACGGCUCCCAUGGAGCUCCUCCGCCCCGAUUCCCUCCGUCCAGCGGACCCGACGUUGCCCCCAGCCCCGGGAGAGGCCCCUUCCUUUCGGCGAAGCUGCAGGCGGGCACGGCUUACUGGGAAUGCCACGAGGAAACCGACUGCGUGGGAGAACGCCGCGCGUCGCUCGCAAGCUGCCCCGUCUUUGCUGUCGGAGCUCCGGGAGGGAAGGGUGAAUGGGCUGCCAUGAAGCCAGCCCAGCCAGACCCUUUCUUGCUCUCGGCGGAGCAGGAGGCCCUGAGGCUGGCAGAAGCCAUCGAAGGAGGAGAUGAGGCAACAGCCCAGCAAUGUGCCGUUUGGCUGGCCAAGCAACGUGUCCCACUCGAGGUACAGCUGAAGCAAGAAGCCUACCCCAAGCAAGAGAUCAGGCUGUGGGUGGGCGUGGAAGAUGCCCAGAUGACCACGAUCCCCAUUUACUUGAAGGUUCAGCCUUGCAUGACCUUGGCAUCCCUCAAAGACCUGUUUGAAUUCCAUGAUAAUGCGAAUGGCAAUAAACAAAAUACGAAAGAAAUGAAAGCAGCAGUAAACAUGCAAUUAGAAACCAUCCACCAUCUAGCCCAGUGCAUGACAAUUGCUACAACAGGCAGAAUAAUCUUUAAGCAGUUUGCCAAGGUCCUCAGCCAUUUUCAACUGAUGUUCCUCCACUAUGGCUUCCCUCCUAGCAUACAGAAGUGGGUAGUGGGCCAGAGGUUGCCUCGAGACCAUGAGACUCUUCACUAUCAUGGCAUCCAGAAAGAUGGCGAUGCAGUUUAUCUGUACCUCCUGUCUGCCAGGGCAGCCAAGCUUAGCAAAGACACCUUCGAGCGGGACCAUGAACGCAGGCAGCUGGAAGAGCUAGGCAUCAAAGAUGGUGUCCUGCUACCAAGGGGGGUGUCAAAAUGGGCAGCCUCAACCCCAACGGAGCCCUUGGGCACCCUGGAUCCCCCGGAGGAGAGGAGUGACCCCACAUCACCUCUCCCUGUCAGGCCCCCAAUGGUUGGUUGGGAGUGCCCAAGUUGCACCUAUGUCAACAAGCCCACACGGCCCGGCUGUGAGAUGUGCUGCACGGAGCGUCCCAAGGAUUAUGUCAUGCCGGAAGCCUAUCAGCCGGAUGAGGAGGAGCAAGAGCGCCUACAGAAGGAAGAGGAAGCCACACGCCAGUAUGAGCAGGCUAAGGAGCAGCAGAAGCAGAAUAACUACCAGACGCUCCUGCAGCUGGAUGGGCAGAACUUGGUGCCGUCCGACAAGGCCCUGGAGUGCCCCAUCUGCUUUGUGAGCCUGGAGCCUGGGGAGGGGGUGACCUUGCGGGAAUGUCUGCAUUCCUUCUGCAGGGACUGCUUGAGAGGAACCAUCCUCAACAGCCUGGAGCCUGAAGUGCGUUGCCCCUACAUUGACGAGAAAUACUCCUGUCCAGGGCAGCUACUGGAGCGCGAGGUCAAAGCGCUCCUGAGCAAAGCCGAGUAUCAACGCUUCUUGGACCUGGGCAUCUCUGUUGCCGAGAAUCGCAGCCGCUCCAGCUACCACUGCAAAACCACAGACUGCCGGGGCUGGUGUUUCUACGAGGAUGACGUAAACGAGUUCCCCUGCCCAGUGUGUCUGAAGGUGAACUGCCUGCUUUGCCAGGCUAUUCAUGAAAAUAUGAACUGCAAAGAGUACCAGGAUGAUCUCCAGAUCCGAGGUCAGAAUGACAAGGCUGCGCAACAGACCACAGAGAUGUUGCUGAGCAUGGUUGAGAAAGGAGAGGCCAUGCACUGCCCGACAUGCAAGAUCAUCGUCCAGAAGAAAGAUGGAUGUGACUGGAUCCGAUGCACUGUCUGCCACACAGAGAUCUGCUGGGUGACCAAAGGCCCACGGUGGGGGCCAGCGGGUUCCGGCGAUACCAGCGGGGGCUGCCGGUGCAAGCUGAAUGGCGCCUCCUGCCACCCCAACUGUCAGAACUGCCAUUAAUCAAGAGGGAAGGACUCUGAACUUUGGGGCUUUUGAAAGAAGAGGUGUCACAUGUUUUGGGGUGGAGAGAAAGCCAGGAGCACCACCAAACUGAACUCUGGCCAACUGGGCUUUUCAAAUGGCUAUGGGAGACGACUUACUUCCCCUUGUUUCAUCAGGUUGGGAGGAGAGGCUUGAGCAGAGUUGCCAGCCUCUUCGCUAGGAGCUUGUUGGAGCUGUUCUAGCUGUGACCAGCAGCUUUCCUUCUUCCCCUCCUUCUACACAGAAGCAUUACAUUCUGCAUCCUGCAAGGCUAUCAGCUACGAGCAGGGGGUGCUCUGGGUAGGCUGUGGAUCUCUGCCCCCUAUCACAGGAUCUGCAUUGCCCUACAGUGCAUUAGAACUAGGCUUGUUGGCUCAUGAUUUCACUACAAAAUAUGCUGGAUGUAUUUUUUUUUACUUGUUUUGCCCUAAUAAUUUAUAAAUUGAAUCGCUGCUGCUGCAUUUUUCUGCAGAUAGUUGAGCUGCGAAAGUAUGUGUAUAUAUCAAGACCAGGUUGGUGUGGCAUUUGGAUUCAGCAGUCCCAUGUUUGCAGAUUCUCUCAGCCUGAGUUCACAGAGCUGAUGUGAGUAUAAAGUAGGCCCUGAGAGCAUGGAACUGAUGUGGACAAGAAAUCUAAACAAGGCAGAAUUGCUCCUAAACCCAAAGCUUAUAUUUUGGCUCAAGAUUUGGGCAACUGGAACAUCUUUUGGUAGAAUGCAUUUCCCUUCUCUGUAGUUUAGUGCCCUUGGCUUCCUAGAUAAUAAAAACGUAAGCUGUCA